GUAGUACAUUUUUAUGCAACUUCUAGGACCUUCGAGGGUUGGACUCAGUUUGAAUAUGAGUUAAAAUAAGUAUUAGUGUGAGAGAAUGAAUUAUUGUGGGGGAAUCCUUUUCAGAAAGUAUAAAAAAAAACUGUUAUGUUUGAAUUGUCUACAUGUUCACUGUAUUUUAUAAUAGCGGAUAAUUAUACGUUUAAAAAUUAUGGAAAUGAUGCGUCUGAAAAAUCAAAUAAAUAAAUAAAACGCACUAGGUACACUAUUGUCGAUAUUUCUAAAAUUUCCAGUGUUGCUGUAAGUCUUUGUUGUUUAAAAGCACUCAGAAUACAGGACAAUGGAAAUGUAUACAACUUGAAAGGUUCAGAAUGGACCUUUUUAAAGGUAAUGGGCCCGUUACUCGUUGAAAUACUCCUGAUUGGACUCCGGUUCGUGCAAGGCGGGACUUGUGGCUUGUGUACCAAUCAGCUGAGGAGUCUGGUUUUUGGGCGGGGUUUGUGUCGUGAAGGGGCUCCAACAAUAGAAAGCAGACAGAGCAGAGGUGGAUUCACGUGGAUUGUAAGCAGGAUCGCUGUAACCUUCUACAGACUCAUAAAAGCGCUCGUGUUUUUUUUCAUGCAGAAAGACAUUUGUUUAGAUUUGCUUGAUUCCUGAUACGGAUGAGAAAUUGUCCUAUAGGUUAAUCAGUGCGGAUGUUUUGGAUGAAUGCUGGGAGCGCAUCUGUGACAUCCACAAGCUGCAUUUCAGCCAUGAGAAGAGAAGUCCUUAGAGUGGAAUAGGAACUGCGGAAAAAGUGACAGGGAUACAGGAAUACCUACAGAGCCCAGAGAAGGAUGGAAAAAUAAACUGAAGAUUUUAUAGCAGAGAACAGGCUCAUUGGAAACACCAGAUAUGGUACGGCUGUCGCAGGUGAUCGUGGAGUGAGGGAAGAUGCCACUGGUAAAGAGGAGCAUCGAGCCGAGGCACUUGUGCCACACGGCGUUGCCCUGUAGUAUUAAAAACGAGCUGGAGUGUGUCACCAACAUCUCUCUCGCCAACGUUAUACGCCAGCUCAGCAGCCUCAGUAAAUAUGCAGAGGACUUGUUUGGGGAGCUCUUUAAUGAAGCACAUGCCUUCUCCUUUCGAGUCAACUCCUUGCAAGAGCGUGUGGACCGUCUGUCUAUCAGUGUGACACAGCUUGACCCUAAAGAGGAGGAGUUGUCUCUGCAGGACAUCACCAUGAGGAAAGCUUUUCGCAGCUCCACCAUUCAGGACCAGCAGCUAUUUGAUCGUGAGUCUCUACCCAUCCCGAUGCAGGAGACGUUCGACCUCUGUGAACAGCCUCCGCCCCUCAACAUUCUUUCGCCCUAUAGGGAUGAUGGGAAGCAGGCUCUGAAGUUCUACACUAACCCAUCCUACUUCUUUGACCUGUGGAGGGAGAAGAUGCUGCAGGACACCGAGGACAAGAGGAAGGAAAAAAGGAAGCAAAAGUUACAGGAUCCUCGCUUGUAUGAUCAGGUCUAUAAGUAUUUAGACCUUCCAGGGCAGCUAAAGAACAUCGAUCGUCCCGCAGAACCAGAGAAGGUACCACGAGCUCCUCAUGAUCGCAAAAAGGAGUGGCAGAAACUGGCUUUAGGGGCAGAGCUGGCAGAAGAUGACACUGAAGAGAAACACAAAGACACUAGCAAUGGCUUGGCACCCUACCAUGACCCCAGGCAAAUGUACAUGGAUCAUUUGGAUGGUUCGUUCUCUCUGGCUGCUUUGCCAUACUCUCAGAUGAGCGAGCUGCUCAACCGCACAGGAGAACGCAUGUACGGCCGACCUCACGAGCCUCCACCUCCUCCACCUUCACACCCUGCAGACAUCAAGCCUGCCUCCGCCAUCAGCUCCAGUUCAGGUUUCUCUGACAGUCGUCCUCAGUCCCCGGCCCGCACUCCUGUCUUCUUGAACCCCAAUGCUCCACCCCCUCCUCCUCCCCCACUUCCCCCACCCCCUCCUCCUCUCCCAUCCACUGUAUCAGGUUCAAGCAUGCGCAGCACACCGCCACCCCCAAUCCCGCCAUUACCAUCCCAGCUACCCCUUGCUAUUCCCCCUCCUCCUGCACCCCUUCAGAUUGCCCCUGGGGUAUUACACCCUGCCCCUCCUCCCGUGGCUCCACCUCUUCAUUCUUCUCCAGCCCGAAUACAGCAGGACAAAGUCUUGCUCCCUGGCAUGGGAGACGGCACUGUCUUACCUCCUCCACCCCCGCCUCCUCCUCUGCCCCACCCAGGGGCCCGAAGUUCCCCCCCUUGUCAGCCUCCUGGUCCACCCCCUGUGCCUUCAUUCCCGGUUUCGUCUCCGCCCACUCACUCGGGUCACGAAGUCAAGAGACAUCCAUCAAACCUGCCACCAAUCAGCGACGCACGCAGUGUCCUGUUAGAAGCCAUUCGUAAAGGUAUCCAGCUGAGGAAGGUUGAGGAGCAAAGGGAACAGGAGGCUAAGCAUGAGCGAGUGGGCAAUGACGUAGCCACUAUCUUGUCCCGACGCAUCGCUGUAGAGUACAGCGACUCAGAAGAUGACUCUGAGUUCGAUGAGGUUGACUGGAUGGAGUGAGAGAAAAGAAGAAGGGAGAGACAAGCUGAAUAUUUAGGAGGGAAUGAUUAAGAAAUUACCAUUUUAAGUAAAAAUUGUGUCUCAUUUUCUCUAUGUUCCCUUUCCACGGUUCUCCAUGUGGUAUGUUUCAGGAGACUUUGUGUCUCCAGUUGUCUUUUUUCAGGAUGUUUUCUCUCAUGUUUUUUAUACAACAUAAUUCAACUUAUGUUGAUGUUCUCAAGGUUUUCUAAUGCUUCGAUUUUACAAUUAAUGGAAAUAAAUCAAAUGUUGUAGCUCAUUUCGAAGGAAGGACCACUGUUUAGUGUUAUGUAAAGGAGCAAUGCAUCUUUAGCAUCUUAUUCAAUUCUAAGGCAAUGCUGCCACCAUCUGGUUUUCUUUUUGUUUUGUUUUUUACUUCAUUUUAUUUUACAUGUAUAAGGUAGACAUUUCACAUUUUAAAUAGGCCAAUAAACGCCUACAUGAAAUGAGGGCAUGAUCCAUUAAAAAGAAAAGAAAAAAAGCUAAUGUUCUCAUUACAGUAAUUUAACAUAUCUCUGAGCAAUAUGUACUGUCAUUGUAUGAUUUUAAUAAGAAAGAAAAAAAUGUGGUUAAGAUGCUCGUUUACUGUAAAGAUGUGACAAAAAAAAAAUCAAAAAAACAAAAGCGUAAGGUGUUUAAAUGGUGCCGACAGAUUAAGACAAGAUGUUGUGUUUUAUCAGGGUUCUAGCAUUCAGAGGGCUCUACAUGGUGUGUUUAAACCAAUAAGGAAUCAGACCACUACAGUAUCAACUGAAAAGACCUGGCCAUACAUGUCUCCUUCUCCUGCCUUAUGGUUUGUAUAGACGUGUUGUUAAGUUGAUGAAUGUACUGUGCUGUUACUACUUUUUGCCUGCAUUUCUAAACAUUAGCUGUUUCUAUGUUCCAGACAGGAAAAUAAAAGAAGAAGAAACAACAACAACAAAAAAAGAACGAAUAAAAUUUUAAGGUGUACACCUUGUAACUUAUGUAACUGUUUAAUUCGCUUGAAUUAAUAAAAGCUAAU